GAAAGGGAGACCGCUUUUAGCGCUUAGAAAUCACUAUGGUGACGGGAAGGUCGGGAGGCUUCUUGGUAACUGUGGCCGUAUAGCUCUGAGAGCGAUCGCCACCGCUCUCCGGGAACUUGAGAAUGGGAGCACCUGUCUAUAAUCCCAACACUGGCUCUCUGCUUCCUGUAAUAAGAUAGAUACAGUUACUAUAGCCGAAAAUCUUGUGAAGUUGAAGACCCAGUGGGUACAGUCAAGUGGUAUUUAAAAUCUUUCUGGAACUGGAGACAUGAGGCUGAAGAUAUCGCUCUUAAAAGAACCAAAGCAUCAGGAGUUAGUGAGCUGUGUGGGUUGGACGACUGCUGAGGAGCUGUACUCCUGCAGUGAUGAUCACCAGAUAGUGAAGUGGAACUUGCUAACCAGCGAGACCAGUCUAAUAGUAAAGCUGCCUGAUGACAUCUACCCCAUAGACCUUCACUGGUUCCCCAAAAGUUUAGGCAUGAAGAAACAGACUCAGGCAGAAAGUUUUGUCCUCACAAGUUCUGAUGGUAAGUUUCAUCUGAUUUCCAAGUUAGGAAGAGUGGAAAAAAGUGUAGAAGCCCACUGUGGAGCUGUGCUUGCAGGAAGAUGGAACUAUGAGGGGACUGCAUUAGUGACAGUUGGAGAAGAUGGACAGGUGAAAAUCUGGUCAAAGACGGGGAUGCUCAGGUCAACAUUAGCUCAGCAAGGAAUACCAGUGUAUUCAGUAGCAUGGGGCCCUGAUUCAGAAAAGGUUCUUUAUACAGCAGGCAAACAGCUCAUCAUUAAGCCUCUUCAACCAAAUGCUAAAGUUUUACAGUGGAAAGCCCAUGAAGGCAUUAUUUUAAAAGUCGAUUGGAACUCAGUCAACGAUCUUAUUUUAUCUGCUGGUGAAGACUGUAAGUAUAAGGUGUGGGAUAGUUAUGGUCGCGUGCUGUACAGUUCUCAGCCUCACGAGCACCCUAUUACCUCAGUCGCCUGGGCUCCGGAUGGCGAGUUGUUUGCUGUUGGUUCCUUUCAUACUUUACGCUUGUGUGAUAAAACCGGGUGGUCAUAUGCUUUAGAAAAACCCAACACCGGCAGCAUAUUUAAUAUCGCGUGGUCCAUUGACGGCACUCAGAUCGCUGGGGCCUGUGGGAACGGCCAUGUGGUCUUUGCGCACGUGGUGGAGCAGCGCUGGGAGUGGAGGAACUUCCAGGUAACACUGACGAAGAGGAGGACCAUGCAGGUUCGUAAUGUUCUCAAUGAUGCUGUGGACUUACUGGAGUUCAGAGACAGGGUCAUCAAAGCGUCUCUGAACCAUGCACACUUAGUCGUCUCAACGUCCCUCCAGUGCUACGUGUUCUCUACGAAGAACUGGAAUACACCACUUAUAUUUGAUCUCAAAGAAGGAACUGUUAGUUUAAUUCUCCAGGCAGAAAGACAUUUUCUUCUGGUAGAUGGUGGUGGUAUCUAUUUGCAUUCUUAUGAAGGGCGCUUCAUUUCUUCUCCAAAGUUUCCUGGGAUGAGAACAGACAUCCUGAAUGCGCAGACCGUGUCCCUGAGUAACGACACUAUAGCAAUCAAAGACAAGGCCGACGAAAAAAUAAUCUUCCUCUUUGAAGCAUCAACUGGAAAACCCUUAGGGGAUGGGAAACUUCUUUCUCAUAAGAAUGAAAUCUCAGAAAUUGCUCUGGAUCAAAAAGGACUCACCAAUGACAGAAAAAUUGCUUUCAUUGAUAAAAAUAGAGACCUCUACAUCACCUCAGUGAAACGAUUUGGGAAAGAAGAACAGAUUAUUAAACUUGGAACCAUGGUGCAUACGUUGGCAUGGUGUGAUACAUGCAAUAUCCUCUGUGGACUUCAAGAUACUCGAUUCACAGUGUGGUAUUACCCUAAUACCAUUUAUGUGGACAGAGAAAUUUUGCCUAAAACAUUGUAUGAAAGAGAUGCAAGUGAAUAUAGUAAAAACCCCCAUAUAGUGAGUUUUGUUGGAAAUCAGGUGACUAUAAGGAAAGCUGAUGGCUCCCUGGUACACAUCAGCAUAUCACCGUACCCUGCCAUCCUCCAUGAGUAUGUGAGCAGCUCAAAGUGGGAAGAUGCUGUAAGGCUUUGCCGCUUUGUUAAGGAGCAAAGCAUGUGGGCUUGCCUGGCGGCUAUGGCGGUUGCUAAUCGAGAUAUGAUUACUGCGGAGAUAGCCUACGCGGCAAUUGGUGAAAUUGAUAAAGUUCGAUACAUCAAUGCUAUAAAAGAUCUUCCAUCUAAAGAGUCAAAAAUGGCCCACAUACUAAUGUUUAGUGGGAACAUACAGGAGGCUGAGACAUUACUUCUCCAGGCUGGCCUCAUUUAUCAAGCAAUCCAGAUCAACAUUAAUCUCUAUAACUGGGAAAGGGCACUGGAGUUGGCUGUAAAAUACAAAACCCAUGUUGAUACAGUUCUUGCUUAUCGUCAAAAAUUUUUGGAGACAUUUGGUAAACAGGAAACUAAUAAACGAUAUUUGCAAUAUGCAGAAGGUCUCCAAAUAGACUGGGAGAAAAUCAAAGCCAAAAUCGAGAUGGAAAUUACUAAAGAACGUGACCGAUCGUCCAGCAGCCAGUAUGUCAAGAAUGUGGGCUUAAAGCACUGAAUGCCACACUGACCGCUAAACUAGUUCAGAGUAACCAAAGAUAUGCAUGUUUUGUUUGCUUUAAAAAAAGGCAUAAUUUUAAGGCUAGUGUUGUCUCUGAAUGGUAGAGUACUUGCCUAGCAUGCAUGAGGCCUUGGGUUUAAUUCCUAGCACUGUCAAAGGAAAAAGGCAUUAUCUUUAAAUAAUUGUAUGCACUUUCCAUGUACUUAAUACUAAAAGUACAUUCAGGAAGAUUAAGCACAAAAUAAUUGAUAUAAUUCCAUCAUUUAUAUUUUUCUAGUCUAACAAUUAAGAAAAUAUUUCUAUAUGCUUAUCUAUGCCCGAGUAAUGUUGAUAACAUUCCAGUUUUUUUUUUAUUUCUUUAUUCUUGGUUCUUUAGUAUGAAUAGCUGUUAAUGCUUAUAAUAAAGCCUUGAGUUAUUUA